CUGAGGCUCGCCAGGGAUUUUCCUUCAUUGCUGUUUAACCUGCCCCACCUAGUCAUGCCCUGAUGUCUGGAGAGGUGAGUGGCUUGCCCAGGCGUUGACGUGACGACCCAUUGGUGGUGUGCCCGAUCGUGUUGUGCUGUACUAAGGUCGAGAUGCAGUCGACUCCAAGAUGAGGCGACCGAGGCGGGGGUGAGCGAGAGCGAGAGAGUGAGAGAGAGAGAGGUGGAUGCUCCAGCACCACCACCACCACCACUAACGCUGCUGCUGUGCUGGCCUCCUGCUCCUGCUGUUGCUCUGCUGUAUCGCCUACUUCUAAGCAUAUAUCUGGAGGCUUGAAUACCUAGGAUGUGAAAGUGCUCGAUGGUGUGGUGGUGUUAAUUCAGACGCGGUGGUUGUGAUGUGAUAGCACAGGACUAGUGGUGGCUGGUGGGCUGCGGUGCUCCGGCCCCCCACAACGUCGGCCUCGGUGCUCCUGCUGAACCUCCGAGGCCAACCUCCUCUCCGUCAAGGCUGACCGGUUGUGUCUGUGUCCACUAAAAGGAAACCCCGAGUGUCUAUAUGAACUGUUAGUGAAGCCUCAAGUUAUGAAGAGUCCUCUUCUUGAGUCAAAGGAAAACGGCAGAGUGAACUGUCAGGUAAACGACAGGUAUUCUAUAGAGAGAGAGAAAAAAAAUCAUAUCAAUAUUGUAUUAGCCCAAAAUGUAUUUAUUUACACAUCUAUCUCAUUAUCAGUAUCAAAUAAAGAGAAAUUUGGAAAAGGAAUUAAUUAAAUGCAAACAGUUAAAUCCAAUGCAGUGUGUUUGCGACCGAGUGACCCAAUUUGAGCCCGACGCCUCGGAUUGACACAACUUGAGGCGACCCGCUGCGAGGAAGGCCCUGUUGUUUCUUUCGAUGCCGGUUGUGACUACAGCACAGAUGCUGGUAUUUCUUUUGCCGUAUUUGUUCAUCUCGCCUUUCGCCAGGGUCUUGUAAGCCAGUCGUAACGAUCUCUUUCAUUCCCAAUUGGUUCUGAUUAAAAAAAAAAAAAAAAAAAUACGGGUGUAGGCCUUACUGCUAAGUACAUCUAUACAAAAAAAAAAAAAAAAAAAAAAAAAGAUAUAUUAUACUGUUGUGCAAAUCGGCAUCAAGUACUGCGUCCCAUUUCAGACGCUUAACUGAAUCAAAUUGUUAUCAAAUUUUCAUCCCUCUUUCAUCUUCUUUUACAGCAUAAUAGCUAACCCUACUCCUUCGCAAAAAAGGCCUACAGUCCUAUGAACAAAAGCCUCAGUUCAAGUCAGGCUACAAAAUUACAAUGAACGAUUUUGCCGACUUACCAAGGCGGUGUGAAGCAUGGCUGACUCAGACCCUGCGAACUUACUGGACGAUGUAUACAGCGCGCUGAUACUGCCUUUAAUCAAUGAUCUUCAGCUUCUCAGGAGUCAAGUUCACGAACAAAUGCCAGCUCAAGGGAAGGGGAAGCGCCCAUAUAAGGUAUGGGACAGUGGGCGGCAGGUACGGAAGGGGCUCGUGGUCUCCAGCUUCAACGAACUUAUAGAAAAAGGUCGAGAGAAGCUGGAUCUCGGAGAGGUGCGGAUAAAGGUUGUCCUGGAGGCUGACGGGACGCAGGUGGAAGACCCCGAAUACUUCUGCACCCUGCCGGAGAACACUGUCUUCCUCUUGCUUAGGCAGGGAGAACACUGGUACCCUGCCGGAGUUGAGGUGCUCAGACAAGCUAUCACUGCCAUUCCCAAGAUCGUAUGUGAGACCAUCUACUCCCUGGGGCUCCACGAUGAAGCGCCGGUGUGGAAGAUCAUGGACCACUACGGAAAGAUCACCGUCGUUCUCUCCUGGGACCCCAGCCACCGGGGGGACCGUCACGCCUCCUCGUCCCCCCGGAAGCCGUCCGCCGCUAGCGCCAGGGUGAUUGUCAGCGGCGUUGGGGAGAGCACCAUCCAGCGUCACGAGUACCUGGUGGCCCAGUCCUCCAUCGGGUCCACGCCCUCACCCGCGCCCACCAUCUCUCUCAGCGGCGCCAAGUCGCCCGUGCCAGCUGCCAGCGCUGCCGGACAGGUGGUUCACGGCACCGUCACAACUAUACUGCGGGACGGCAAGAAGGAGACUCUCAUCAAUGACGUGGGGCCCUCCGCUGCUGCGCCAACGGCUCCUCUCCACCAGGCUACUGUGAUAAACCACGACAGCGACCCCAAGAGUUCCUACAUGGCCGGCGGAACGGGAGCGGCGGCGGCGGCGGCGGUGGUCGGGCGGCUCUCCCGCCAGGGCUCCUCCGUGGACUCGUCGCACUCCGCCACCGUGCACAUCCACACGCCCGAGUGCUGCGUGUACGGCCACCCGCACACGCCGCAGCCCCGCACCCGCGCCUCUCCCACGGGCGAGCAGGCGGAGUGCGACUUCCACUGCUGCUCGCUGCACGAGGGGGGCGGACGCAUCCAGGUGAAUAAGGCAGUAGCCACGUCCCCUGUCCAGGAGGGCGCCUCCGCCACCCAAACCGCAUCCCAAUCGCAGAAGGGCGUUCGCUUCCUCCCCGACUACCGCUCCAUAUCGACGGAGAAGCAGAGAGACCAGGACAGCUCCGAGUCUGAGACCGAGAACACCACGAACGACGAGGAGGCUCACACGACCGAGAAGUUCCUCUUGCUUAUUGACCAGCUGUCUGUGGACACCAAGAAGCACCUUUCCAUCAAGGACAUUGGGGUCAUCCUCGAUAGGUUAUCUUCCAAAAUUGUUGAUGUUGAAAAGUUAGAUCGAGAAGCUGAAGAGGAAGAUUGCUUUAACUGGACAAUCAAAGCAACAAUCCGAGGUGAUACUUUAAGAGAACUCGGUGUUGUAUAUAAUGGCCAUUAUUACUCCAUUAGUGAACAUCCGGGCUACGGUCAGAAAAAGGAGGAGGAGGAGGAGGAAGAAGAAGAAGUAGAAGAAAAAGAGGCGGAGAAAGAACCCGUCUGACUGUCUUCGGUCAAUUGUGCUCGUUGGACAAACAUGUUUUUUGGUUUGUUGGUAAAAAAGUCAGGAUUAGGUAUGCAAUGAUCGACAAGAUGUGUUUGUUUUUUGUCGAAGUAAUGUUGUUGAUAUAAACAGGGUGCGAAUGUUACGUGCAGACAGUAAGUAAAUGAAGAUUAGAAUAGUGUUAAGUGACUGAGUGCGACUUUUCAAGAGUUCCCCCCACUUGCAACAACGGCGGCUCGCCAGCCUCGGCCGCUGCCUCAGUGCCGCCACGGCCGCGCCACGGUCGUGUGCUCUUGUUUCUAGUGUACAUAGGCGGGAGGAGGCGCCGCAACCACCUAUGCCGCGUGAGAGAUGCCGGCCGUUCCCUCAGUGGUCUGCCAGGGUCUAUCACGCUUGUAUUUAGAAGACAAUCGACGAGCUACCCUGCAGGCAGGCUUUAGCGUAGCUUCUGACCAUCACAUGUCACUUGUUACAUGGACACAAGGCCGAGAUGUAACCCUCAAGCGAAGUGUUCAAGCAACCACAGCCAUGCUAAGUCCCCCCCUCCUGUUGGGUCUGUAGCAGCCAGCUAGGAUCAAGUCCCCUUCCCUCAGCCUGGAUCUCAUCCUGCUUUGGACAAGAGUGUUGUGCUCGAGUCGCUUCGAACAGCAAGUCGACGGCUCGAACCCGGCCGGGAAGCGGUGGCGGAUGGGUGCUUGAGGCAGCUUUGUGGGGCCGACCCCUGUGGCUGCCCGCUGCGGCCUCUCUCCUGCCUCAAUUGUCUACACCGUGGAAGAGACAAGUAAAUGAUGCAAAUAACUAAUGACAGUAAUAUAUAAAUAUAAAUAUAUAUAUAGAUAUAUAUAAUCCAUCCUUUUGUGGAUUACGUACAGCUAAAACAAAAUGGUUAUUUCCUGAGGUCGAGUUUCUACCGCCAAAUUGAAAAAUAUACUUAUAUUUUGAUGAAGUGAAUGAAAACCUUGCUAUACGAGGUAAACAUUUGUGCCAAGAUGAAGCAGCGAGAGGAGGAAGCUGUUGUGUGUUUAGGUGAUCUCAGAUAUGCUCAAAACCAAUGUGUAUGGAAGAUAGUGACAAAGACCUUUUUUCAAAGUUAUUAUUGAUAAUGUUCUUGGUAGUAAUUCAUCUUAUAUAGAGGUGACACCAGUUUUUAAGAGCAAAAAAAAAUAUUUCUUACUUCUAACCCUCGAUUAUGACUAUAAGACAGAGCCCGUAAGGUGUUGUUGGUGCCCGUGCUGAGUAAGAUAGUAUUUGUGUCCCUUUCAUUUCACUCUGAGUUUUAUUUGAACCCCCAAUAAGGUCCCUAUUUGCCAUGUGUUAUUGAAUAAGAAUAUAAUACUUGUUGAGGCUUGUCAUUUAAAUACUUAAGAGUAACUGGAAGCGGACAAAUGUUUUGUUUAGAACUCAAGAAACGCGGCAGACGGUUUGUAGUUCAGUCAGUGGUGUCUUGGUGCCCAUCGCAAGCGCUGUGCCUUCCAAUCAUGUACACUGAAAGCAAUUUUGUUUCCUUAGAUGAGGAACUGCGCUUGGAUGAAGUAAUGUCGGUACGCCCGGGCAUAAUUUUGUUGGUGCAAGUUUUUUGUGCAUCAGAGGAGCCAUCAGCGACUGUCAAACCUUAGUGGGCUGUUCAAGAUGGCCAGCAACUCCCCAUUCUGACUUUAAUUCAAGUUAUGUUACUUUACCUUAAUUUCAAUCUUCUGGUAGAUCUUUGAGGGAAAAAAUCUUUAGCACAGAUUAUUAUUCUUAAAAAAUAUUAAUUUCUUCCCGUUUUUGAUAGUAUGCAGUAGGUGAUGUACUAAUGCCCGACGAAGGUACUGCCUCUGAGGUGGAGGUGCGGCCUUGGGAGAAAGUAUUCGUGGAAGUUCUCUCUUGGGAGAAAGUAUUCGUGGAAGUUCUCUCUUGGGAGAAAGUAUUCGUGGAAGUUCUCUCUUGGGAGAAGGUAUUCGUUGAAAUACUCUCUUGGGAGAAAGUAUUCGUUGAAAUACUCUCUUGGGAGAAAGUAUUCGUUGAAAUACUCUCUUGGGAGAAAUUAUUCGUAGGGUUAAUGUUCCCGCCUCAGGGGGUACACUAGCCUGGACUUGCUCCACCCCGACGGAUGACAUCUUUCUUGUGGGUCUAAGAAUAUUAUUUUAUCUUUGAUUAUUGUAAUUCGAGAGAUGAUAUACAUAUAUAUAUAUCCCCAUGUUGUCAUUUUUCAAUGGUUUUGGCUGUAGGUCUAGCUACUCUGGAAAACGAGAUCCAAUAUUGGCUAACCGGCGAUUAGGAAGAUCCCAGUAAGCACCACGCCCCCGAUAAUGUGUCUUGGAAGAUAGGUAUAAUAACAUGCCAUUUUGAGCCCCACAGAAGACAUACAGUUGUUGACAGCCCCACAGGAAAAAAAAAUUAAAAGACUUGUUGACCCUUUUGCUUCACCGCAUUUGCCGUGGAAGUUCCCUUAGGAGAAAUAAAAAGAACAAAAAUAUAUAUUAUAAACGAUGGAAAAGUUGGACAUAGCAGACCCUUAGGCAGUGAUCUGUACUGGCAAUACUUUAUUAUGGUCAGUUCGGACUUUUUUGCUUUGUUUGGAGGAGCUGCGGUGAUACUCUAUUAUUGUUAAUACAUCUCGUCGCCAAGAAAGAAAGAUGCACAGUGGUCUUGAUCAAAGAUAAUAUAUCAAAUAUAGUAUGAAUAAUUUUAGGAAAAAUUGUAGGAUCUUUAGAAUUGUUAGGACGGUAUUUUAAGAUAUAAUUUCCAUAUUUGUAUGUCGAAGUAACUUGCAAGCAUUUGGUUUGCCGUCUGCUUUCAAUAAUGACGAGCAGCACUGUUGCUCUGGACUUCAAUAAUCGCUUUUGUUACAUGGCAAAACAAAUGUUAGCAGGAGUUUCUUAGGAUGGUUAAAGUCUGGUUAUCAAUAUAUAAACACAAAUACAAUAGUGUCAAUAUUUAUUGUUGGUAAUAUUACGGCAUUUUAACAACGCACAGCAGAUACUAAUAUGGUCCCGGUUUGUGUCGACUCUUUCAGUCAAGGCUAUUUUUCCGUCACCGCUCUGGUUUAACCCUUUAAAAUGAUGUUGUGACUUAGGUUUAGAAAUGUCUUUACUAUGUUCCCAAUUUCACCAGUAAUAUUGCAAAUGCCUAAACUAUAUUAUUUAAUGUUUAAUGACGUGGUUGUUCAGCUUAGUAAUCUAGCUCUGACGAUCAAGUAGAGAAGCCCUCGCUCGAGCAAAGACAGUUUCUAUGUCUCUCCAUUAAAUACGGGUCAAAACGCACAAUAUCACACACACGCUACUUCGCGUUUAGUUUAGCUUCUCGUGUUGCGUUCUCGGGAGGAGGAGGAGGAGGUGAAGAAUUGAUAAUGAUGAUGAUGAUGAUGACAGUGGUGGUGGUCGUGGUGGCGAUGGUGAUGAUGAUGAUGAUGAUAGUGAUGAUCGAGGAUCUCUGUGUCAUAGAUCAGUGAAAGGGUUAAUGAGAUGGGGAUUAUGAAGAUAAUUAUAGUCUUCAUGGAGGUGAUGAAGCUGGAAAAGGCUAGUGUAAACGUAUCCCGUUUUUAGCUGCCCUUUAUACGUUCGAAGGUUUGAGUCCCAAGACCACACUUUAGAUAGAGAGCAAAAUAAAAUUGACAUACGAUUAGUGGAGUAGAUCAAGAACAAAAUAUUCAGUUAAUAGGCAAACGAGAAAGGAAACAAUCCAAUCAAGAACAUGAGUAGAGAUCAGUACUGAUACAAACAAACAAGUUCAAUAGUUCAAUAACCUACACGUUAACAUGUUAGUGAACGUUCCGAAGGUUAACCAGAUUACUCCGGGUGUGUGUGAAGAGUAAUCGGCCAGUUCCCGGGCAACACCGGUAACUACCUGGCCCUUGCUCAGGUACUGUUUGCAGCCUCAGCCCGUGCUGUGCGAGGAGUUGCGUGCUCCAGUAGCAUUAUAUACUUUCUCUUUGGAAUUCUGGCGGCCUUUUCCUGUAAUACAUGAUUUUAAUGUUUUGCCAUAUUGUGAGGUCUAUAUUUGCCAUUUGAUAUGUUAUGUCAUGGCUGCAAUAGACUAAUAUUUGUAGUAUGGAGUCAAUAUUAGCUCAUUAUGUGGUUUACACUCUGUGUAAAGGUAGAAAUGUGGGAUCCUAGGAUGGUAAAAAUAGUUUUUUGUUAAAGUUUUAUUUGUUUUAACAAAAUGUCAUUCUAUUAUUUACAAUGUACAAGAGAGGAAGAUGGCCUGGACUAGUAUUGCUUCAGAGUGUGGUAACACUUCAAGCAGGUUUACUGGCAAGAACGCACUCUGAAUUUACAGUCUUGGUCAUUUUUCUCACACUAUGGUCGUAGCAGACCUUGCACUGCCUGUAGCGGUCUCUAUCUGUUCUCUUCCGCUGGUGUAUUGAACUGCCCUGGAGACGGCACUGUGCUAACAUACUGAGGAAAUGGACCUGCGCUCGGCACAGACUCCCUCUCGUGCAGGUAAGCGCCUGCAAGAACUCGCAUGCGAGUUCAGUCAGGAAAGCCAGCUGAUUCAUCCUGUCUCCGAGUGCCCUAAGCACCAUGUAGGCAUCAACAUCUGCCAUGUCAAGAAGGUAGAACAGUGCCUUCUAGUACCAUCCAAUAGACCUGUACGUCCACAAGUUCAGUGAUGACAAAGUGGGAGAAGAUGCCUAAUGGUAUGGAUUCGCUGUGCAGGUCGGGAACUUUAUCUCCCGGACAGCCAGAGAACCCAGAGCACCUUGGCAUGUUCUCCCACUUGCUCCACUUGAACUCAAAAGCAUUCUGUUCCCACACUCGAGCUCCAGUAGUAGACAGCGGCUUAUCCGAGUCUAGACCCGUGUUGUGCUGGGACACGUAAUCCAGCUCGGUCAUUGCCGCUGCCGUUGUGCAGAUGACCUCGACCCCUCGUCUGAACUCUCGUCGUUUUGCGACGUUGCCGAGGGUGCGGCCGAGGUGGAAGGCCGCAGGUCGUCUGGCAGAGCAGGAGCUUCGGCAGUAGUAUCGUAAAGGAAUCUAGAGCUCGAGCAGUUAGGAGGCAUCUCCAGGGAAGCACAGAAGAGAAUAAUUUACCAACAGCAACAUCAGCGAUAUAAUAGAUUUAUGUCAACUCAGUUUAUAGAAAAUUGUAACCAGGCAAAUCACGCCAAAUUCCUUUCCCCGCCAAAACCAGUAAUAACUAAAGGACACUUGGACUGUACAUGACAUUGCAGUACCCUCUUUGAUUGCAUUUUUUAGCUGAACCUUGUCUAUAAUGACAAUGAUAAGUAUAAGUCUCAUUAUAAUUAUCAUGAUUAUCCGCUAAUGAUGAAAAUACACUUCGAGUAAAGAAAGUACAAUCUGCACGCCACUCCUCGUAUGGCACGGACGUCUUGCCACCGCCGGCAAGGCCGCCGCACGACCUACAUGCCACCGGAGACACGACCGCUGACACCAUGGCAUGUUCGUCUUGCCACCCGGAGUCAUUGAGGUUAAUCGUGAUCGCCCAUCGAGAACCACGUCUGCUACUGCCAUCUAGAAAGACACCGAGACCGGACGGUGGCCUCGGUGGGCGUGUGGUGUGGGCGGCAGCAAGAGACACGGGAAGGGCGCGCCCGGAAGGAGGUGGCCACGACUUCAGGCCUCGUUUCGUCGUCUUCGUCGUCACUGGUGCUCAUGAGCUGCUCUUUGUAAGGAGGCAGAAACUGGCUCUUCUCGAGACAAAUUACGGCUUUGUUUUGGACUAGUUAGAAUGAAUGCGCUGUAUUGCUCUCUCCUUAGAAGAAAAAAAAUAUAUAUAAAUAAAAUACAUGAAUCAAGAUGUUGCGCGACCGGUCUGCAUGCGCGCCGGAGGGUUGUGGGUGAUGUCCACAUGAGCGUUCCACGUGUGUUCGUCUGGAGGGCCGGGCGACCAUGUCCGGCCGCGGGGGGCAAGAAGCCCUAGCCUUGGGGGGGGAGGUUCGGUUGCCGACGCGCACGCAGACCGGCCGGGACGCCAACACCUAUAUGCGUCACGCGUUUUUGGUGCCGUAGUUUGGCUGCCGCAAAAGCUUCGUUCUCCAAUGAGGUCGUUCUCGAUACCAAGUCUUUUUUUUCGUCUCAUUUCUAAAUGAAGCGUUUAUUGUUGAUUUUAGCCCGUUCGACUGUGUUUUGCCCCCCCCCCCCCCCUCAAAAAAAGUCCGUGUACGUGGUCUAGGCUCUGUCGUCUCCCUUGGUUAGUGUUUGUGCUUAUGCAUGAGGAAUGGAGGAAACCUUCUCUCUUCAUUGGACAGUUAUGCAUAGUUUUGAAUAUACAUUACUUAAAGACGAUCUUUAGGGUGGACAGUUCAUUUGACAUCUUUGUAAGCAACGUUCAGGGGCUGGUAAACGGCCCCCGGCGAGAGAAAUGUUGUAUAGUUGUUGUUGGAGUGAUAAUCACCUUGGAAUUUUAUUUGAAACAAUGUAUAAUUUUUGUAGACUAUCUAGUGGUCACAACCUUUUCUGUGAUUGUACAUGCAACUCUGGGUCAACAGCAGUUUUAUGACCGUAUGAUGUGGUCUUAAACAGUCAUUGCAUUUGCAAGUAAUUUGCAGAUGCAAGUUUCUUACCACCACAGAUAAUAAAUAGUACAUCACAAUAAACCAACAUGUGACCAUAGAUCCAAAAUGAGACUACCACAAUCUCACCAGAAUGCAAGAGAUUUCCACAUGGUAAAGUGACCAUUACGUACUACUAGAAUAAUGGCUAUUAUUGUGCUACAACACGCUCACACUGCCAGGGCGGGCCUUGGGGACAUGGGCGGUUCCUGGACUCCCCUCUCCCCCAUCCCCCCCAAGUCCCACCACCCUUUGACACGGGUCACAUCCUGCGUGUCCACUUGAUAUGGAAGUAAAGAGGUCAGACAUCA